AAAAAUGUGCCUUCACAGGGAAAAUUAUAAAACCUUACUAAAAUAUAUUUUAAAAGACCUAAAUGAAUGGAGCUAUGUACAAUGCUCAUGAAUAGGAAGACUUAAUAUCAUUUAAAAGUAUUAAAACUGAUUUUUCCAUUAAGCCUAGCAGUCCAAUUCUAAAAUGUACAUGGGAUUGCAAGGGGAUAGGAAGAAGGGGGCGAAAAAAGUAAGACAGUUCUGAAGGAGAAGAACCUGGCGGGAAGACUUGCCUUACCAUGUAUGGAACCUUAUCAGAAAGCUGUUGUGAUUAAGACAGUGUGGUUUUAAAAGAGAGAUGGGAAGACUGGCUAAUUAAAUAACAAGAAGAGGCCAGAAACAUAUCCACAUGUAUCUGCAGAUUGGGCAUUUCACAGAGAACCAUCAGGUAGCAGGAAAAGGAUGGCUUCAUUGAUAUAUGGGGCCAAGUCUAUUUUUAUUCAUAUGGAAAAAUGGAAUUAUAUUCAUAGCUAAUAUCACACAACAAAAUCAAUGACAGGUGGAUUAGAAACUUAAAUGAGAAACUUAGAUGAGAAUUCCUGUUCAUCAGAAUGUACCUGAAAGAGAGGGAAAAGGCACAAAUGGAAACAUAUUUGUAACACAUAUUUGACAAAGGCCUAGGUUCCAGAAUAUAUUAAGAAAUCCUAAAAGUUAAUAAGGAAAAGCUAACCAUCCAGUAGGAAAAAAAGGGGGAUAAAAGACAUCAAAAGGCAUUCCCAAAAGAAAGCUGUACAAUGAAUAAACCUUUGAAAGGUGUGUAAAUUGGUAUGACCACUUUUGCACCAAAAGACAUAUACAAGAAUGUUCUCAGCAAUAUGGUUUGUAAUGAAGGUGGGAGAAAGUAAAUAGUCCAAUGUUUAUCAACAAGAGAAUAAAUUGUGUUAUAGUACACAUUACCUAGCAAUGAAAACAGUGGAUAAUUCUCACAGUUCUAAUGUUGAAGGUUAAAAAAUAAUAAUAAUAAAGGCCAGUUGUGGUGGCUCACUUGCAUAAUACCAGCACUUUGGGAGGCCAAGGUGGGCGGAUCACUUGAGCUCAGAGGUUCAAGACCAGACUGGGCAACAUGGUAAAACCCUGUCUCUAAAAAUACAAAACAAUGAAUGAUGCCUGGUAGGGCAUGUCUGCCUAUAAUCCCCACUACUCAGGAGGCUGAGGUGGGAAGAUCCAGUGAACCUGGAAGACAGAAGUUGCAGUGAGCUGAGACCUCGUCUCAAAAACACAAUACAAGCUUUCUGCCCAUGGAUGCUGCCGAAGAAGCAUUGUUAAAAUCUCUCUUCUCCCUGCAAUCAUGUCUAAGUUAGAGUCUACUAAAGAGCCUGAACAGCUGAGGAAGCUCUUCAUUGGAGGGUUGAGCUUUGGAACAACCGAUGAGAGCCUGAGGAGCCAUUUUGAGCAAUGGGGAACGCUCACGGACUGUGUGGUAAUGAGUGAUCCAAACACCAAGCGCUCCAGGGGCUUUGGGUUCGUCACAUAUGCAACUGUGGAGGAGGUGGAUGCAGCCAUGAAUGCAAGGCCACAUGAGGUGGAUGGAAGAGUUGUGGAACCAAAGAGAGCUGUCUCAAGAGAAGAUUCUCAAAGACCAGGUGCCCACUUAACUGUGAAAAAAAAAUUUGUUGGUGGCAUUAAAGAAGACACUGAAGAACAUCACCUAAGAGAUUAUUUUGAGCAGUAUAGAAAAGUUGAUGUGAUUGAAAUCAUGACUGACAGAGGCAGUGGCAAGAAAAGGGGCUUUGCCUUUGUAACCUUUGAUGACCGUGACUCCAUGGAUAAGACUGUCAUUAAGAAACACCAUACUGUGAGUGGCCACAACUGUGAAGUCAGGAAAGCCCUGUCAAACCAAGGGAUGGCGAGUGCUUCAUCCAGCCAAAGAGGUCGAAGUGGUUCUGGAAACUUUGGUGGUGGACGUGGAGGUGGUUUUGGUGGGAAUGACAACUUUUGUCUUGGAGAAAACUUCAGUGGUCAUGGUUACCUUGGUGGCAGCCAUGGCGGUGGUGGAUAUGGUGGCAGUGGGGAUGGCUAUAAUGGAUUUGGUAAUGAUGGAAGCAGUGUUGGAGGUGGUGGAAGCUACAAAGAUUUUGGCAAUUACAACAAUCAGUCUUCAAGUUUUAGAUCCAUGAAGGGAGGAAACUUUGGAGGCAGAAGCUCUGGCCCCUAUGGUGGUGGAGGCCAAUACUUUGCCAGACCACUAACCCAAGGUGGCUAUGCUUGUUCUAGUAGCAGCAGCAGCUAUGGCAGUGGCAGAUUUUAAUUAGGAAACAAAGCUUAUCAGGAGAGGAGAGCCAGAGACGUGACAGGGAAGCUACAGGUUAUAACGGAUUUGUGAACUCAGCCAAGCACAGUGGUGGCAGGGCCUAGCUGCUACAGAGAAGACAUGUUUUAGACAAAUACUCAGGUGUAUGGGCAAAAAACUCGAGGACUGUAUUUCUGACUCAUUGUAUAACAGGUUAUUUUAGUUUCUGUUCUGUGGAAAGUGUAAAACAUUCCAACAAAGGGUUUUAAUGUAGAUUUUUUUUUUUGCCCCCAUGCUGUUGAUUGCUAAAUGUAAUAGUCUGGUCAUGACACUGAAUAAAUGUCUUUAAAAAAAAAACACACAACAUAAAACAAAAAAGAAAAAUGUACACCGUAACCUUUAUUUAUGACAUUUAAAAACACUCAAACCUAUACAGUAUAUCGCAUAAUGAUGCAUAUGUGUGUGAUAAACCUAUGGCUAAAAACAAGAGAAUGAUAAGCACAAAAUUCAGGGUAGUGGCUGCCUCCGUGAGCAUGGAGGAGGGGCGGCACUAUUGGCGGCUGUGGAGCGUCACUCAUUUCCCAGGGGUUUGACUAGAAGAGCUUGGCUGCCAGCUCACUGACUAACACUUUUAUCCAGAGGAAUAUUUCUCAUAGUUAGAUUACUUCUGGGUUAGAGCAGUGCAGAAAAUGAGAAAACCUGUUUGAGGAGCUUUUCCCUGUUAAAAAUAUGAACAGGAGGAGCACUGGGGAUAGAUAGACUUGUGUUAGAUUCAGUGUAGCAUCAAUGCCAUUGAAUUGCGUUCAGAAACAUUGAUUACUCCCCGGCUAUGUGCUGGGCACCUGGAAUACAAAGAUAAAUUAAAACUACAGAAGUAAGUACUGGGAGGGAAUGAAAUAAGGCAGACAAGUUAACUGGUUAAUGAAUGUUCUGGGUGGGUUUCUGAGUUCUUUGGCCCAGUCUGGACAAGUGAUCAGGGGAAGCUUUUGAAAGGAGAUCGUGCCUCUCGAAGCUAAGUCUUGAAGGAAGAGUUGGAGUUAGUUAGAGACAGAAGGGAGGACAGGCUCAUUCCAAGCAGAGGUAAAUCCAUAAGAUGCACGAGAGAGAUGUACGUUAUUUCUGUAGCCAAAACCUUGAGUUGGGGCCUCCAUAGGGAUGAGGCAGGAGGGUUGAGUUGACUUCUGUGUGCUGCAGAGAUGGGAGCACUCAACUGAAUUUAAGCCAGGUGUGACAGGACCAGAGGCUCUAGAACCCCUUUCCUAGACAAGGUGAGCAGGGAGGCUAGUUCGGAGGCUGUUGCCGUGGUCCAGGUAAAGUCAAGGAGGUGGAGAAGGAUGGUGGAGAAGAGGAGGAUGUGGAUCAAGAAAUAUUUACGAAGCAAAACUGGCAGGACAUGGUGUUUGGUUGGCUGUAGUGACUGAAGGACAGGAAGAAUGUGGAAUGAUAACUAGAGACAGAUAACAGUAACUGGCUCUAUACCACAUGAAACAGCAUCUCAGUCCAUUCUUGGGAUUGGCCAAUGCAGAGUGGAUCUAAGUUAAAUUUCCUCUUAUCUUCCUAGUGAUUUAGAACAUUAAUUUGCAGACAUAACAUGGCCCCCAGUACAUUGGUGGCACUAUGAUUCUGUCACAUUUAUCCUAAAGCUCAGUUGCAGCAUAAUAAAAAUAUAUCUUUGUUCCUAAAAUACUCUUCCUUGAGAAAAUUCGGUUUUCAAUAUAGUACCCCAAGGUUAAUUCAUAGAAAAGGCAGUGAAUGAUCACAUAAUUAUAACAUCAUGUUUAGAAGGUGACCUGAUUGAGUCUUUUCUUCCUUCGCUGCUUAUAAGUGCUUUUUGUAAUUUUGUCGUGAAAGGCUUGACUCUCAGAAGCAUUAUUUAAAUGACCUGAUCACUUUUGUGGCUGGAACUGUCUUUGUCUGUUUUGUGUUGCCUAUAACAGAAUACCUGAAACUGAGUAAUUUAUAAAUAAAAAUAAUUUCUUUAUUACAGUUAUGGAGGCCGAGAAGCCCAAGGUCAAGGGAGCAUACCUGGGGAGAGCCUUUUUGGUGGGGACUCUGCAAAGUCCCCAGGUGGCACAGGGCAUCACAUGGCGAGGGAGCAGAGCAUGCUAACUCAGGUCUCUCUUCUUAUAAAUCCAUCAAUUCCACUCCCAUAAUUACUCAUUAAUCCAGUAACCCAUUUAACCAUUAAUCUAUUAAAGGAUGAAUCCAUUCUUGAGGGCAGAGCCCUCAUGACCCAGUCACCUCUUAAAGGUUCCAUUUCUCAAUACUGCCCCACUGGGCAUUAAAUUUCAACAUGAGUUUUGGAGGAGACAAAUAUUCAACCCAUAACAAACUACAAAUGUAGAUCACAAAGUCACUUUUUGAUUCAUUCUAUCCCCUGGCUCAAGGUGUCAUAUUCAGGACAGAAAAGAUCAUGCAGUUUUUCUACCUGGUUGGGUCAGGUAGAUUUACCCUCUCUACCACCCAACCCUACUCAGCAUCGCUGACACUAGGAAGAUAAACAAAAAGAGGUGCCUUAUUAUUUGCUGUCCACGAUGCUUAAGAAGUGAUUGGCUGAGAAGAUGUCUCAAAAAAGGUGUUCAGUCAAACCACUGGCUAAUUUGUUUAAAUAACUUAUUAAAUUUUUUCCUAUCUCUUCAUUAGUUUUUAAACAGCAUUAAUCAGACAGCUUUCUUUUUUACUAUUGUGUAAAUAAGAAUAGCAAAACUUAAAUGAAACUAUCUUGUGUAAUACAGUAAAUCCUCUAAGAUUUAAGAGAGCUUUUGAGCCUCAGUGAUCAUCUCCACUAAAUCUUUGGUGCCAAUUAACCAGGAAGCUCCUAAAAUUAGAGCUCCUAAUCAAUGAUGUGGCUCCUGCCCACCAAAACAGAUUCAUCACUUUCUUUUCCUUUAUAGCAUUUUGCUAAUGGAGAUUAUAACAGAAAUGUUUCCAUUUGAGGUAUGCCUAAGAACUGCCAUUGAAAAUGAAAUGGAAGUCCUUUGCGUGGCUUUCUUAGCCCAGAGUGGAUAGAAAAGAUAAUCAGCCCACUGAGAUCACCCCUCUGGGUGUGUCUUUACAGGGUGUAGGAAUUUUUCACCAGAUUUGUCCAUUUUAUGCUCUUUAGCCAACAUGUGGCAAACCCAGGCCAGCUUGAACUCAAGAGUCUUAGUUCAAAGAAUCUGCCUUUUCCCAAUCAGGCAAACCAUGAGGUGCUUUUGGAAAACCAGCCGUGUCCCAACAUCUGCCACAGUCUCUAGAGUUGGCUGGUCCUGGGUUCAAGUUCUGACUUUCCCAAGCUACUAGCUAUAGGGCCUUGAGCAAAUCACUUGAACUCUCUGAACUUCAGUUGCCUACUCCAUAAAAAAGAGAAAAAUAGAGUUGUUGUGAAGGUGAACUGUGACAGUUCAUAUAAAGCACAGUGCCUGGCUGAGCACACAGUAAAUGUGAGCUAUUAGAAUUGGUAUUUUUAAAUGCUUUAAGUUUAAACAACGGUAAUCUAUUGUCAGAAGUUAAUGGGAAACCAGAAAAUUUUACAUUUUCAAAUAGGCACCACUUUUAAGUAUUUACAUGUAUA